AUGUCGCGUGUCUUGAUGAAGAGGAAGACUAUGCCUUCCACCGCGGCGUGUGCAAUGUGGGCGUCUCCCGUCGCUGUCAGAGCGAGCAUUCCGGCCACUACUACUACACACCAGCAACAUGGCCUCUCAGCAAUCCGCCACUCCUCGCACUCGCCCAUCGGAACCAGCACCACACGCAAGAAAAUCACCCUCCAAACCCUCGAGACCCUCUACCGGAAAAACGAACCCAUCACGAUGCUCACAGCACACGAUUUCCCCUCCGCGCACGUCGCCGAGCACUCCGGCAUGGAAAUGGUGCUUGUGGGAGACAGUCUCGCCAUGGUAGCUUUGGGCAUGGAAGACACGUCCGAGGUCCUACUGGAAGAGAUGAUAUUACACUGCAGGAGCGUGGCUCGAGGGGCCAAAGCGCCCUUUCUGGUGGGUGAUCUCCCCAUGGGGUCCUAUGAAGUGAGCCCGGAACGGGCUGUCCAGAGUGCCAUCAGACUGGUCAAAGAGGGAAGGGUACAUGCCGUGAAACUGGAGGGAGGAAGAGACAUGGCCCCUCAGAUUGCAAAGAUUGUAAAUGCGGGAAUUCCCGUCCUCGGUCAUAUAGGCCUCACACCCCAACGCCAGAAUGCCCUAGGAGGGUUCCGCGUUCAGGGCAAAAGCGUCACGGGAGCGCUCAAACUGCUCCAAGAUGCGCGGGCCGUGCAAUCUGCAGGCGCUUUUGGUGUCGUGCUGGAAGCAGUCCCGUCCGAAGUCGCCACGCUCAUCACGCGGAAACUUUCCAUCCCGACGAUCGGAAUCGGGGCAGGGAAUGGAUGUUCGGGACAAGUGUUGGUGCAAGUGGACAUGGCCGGGUUCUUUCCACCCGGGCGUAAGAUUCCGAAAUUCGUCAAGAAGUAUGGGGAUCUCUGGGGCGAGGCCAAGGGUGCUAUUGAGGCUUACAGGGAGGAAGUGAAGAGUAGGACUUAUCCGGCGGUGGAGCAUACAUAUCCCAUGCCCCGGGAGCAAUUCGAGGAGUUCGAGAGGGCGGUGGAAGAGAGCCUUCCUACUCCCUCUCCUGUAUAG